AUGAAACAUAAAGCCUCACAAUCGAUUCUCAGUGCCAAUGAGACAACACGUUGCGAAUUCAUUUCAUCAGUCAUCUAUAGUGUCAUGUCAGUAUUCAAUGGUGAAGUCAAGAUUUGUCUGCAAUACGAAAUAUCAGGAAGCUAUGGGAAGGGCCCAGUUGAUUGGACAAUCAAAGUGCGCGACAUGAUUAUUGUAAUUACAGAGGUGAAGUGGGAAGAUAUUAAUCAAGAU